GCGAUUAGCAUUUCUACAGCUCUUAGAAAAAAACCAUGCCUGAGCCCUCCAAAUCUGCUCCUGCCCCGAAGAAGGGCUCCAAGAAAGCCAUCACUAAGGCGCAGAAGAAGGAUGGCAAGAAGCGCAAGCGCAGCCGCAAGGAGAGCUAUUCCAUCUACGUGUACAAGGUGCUGAAGCAGGUGCACCCCGACACCGGCAUCUCGUCCAAGGCCAUGGGCAUCAUGAACUCGUUCGUCAACGACAUCUUCGAGCGCAUCGCGGGCGAGGCGUCGCGCCUGGCGCAUUACAACAAGCGCUCGACCAUCACGUCCCGGGAGAUCCAGACGGCCGUGCGCCUGCUGCUGCCCGGGGAGCUGGCCAAGCACGCCGUGUCCGAGGGCACCAAGGCUGUCACCAAGUACACCAGCUCCAAGUGAGUGCUGGGAGGCACGAUCCAACCCAAAGGCUCUUUUCAGAGCCACCCACUUUAUCAAAGGAGAGCUAUAACUGCCAUUCCGUGGCUGAGCAAUUGCAAGCUUGGGCUACAGUCUUAAGGAAUCUACUGAAAUGGUGAUCCGUAGGGGCAUUUUUAGAGCCAAGCAUGCGUUUGGAUGGUCACUAACUAGGCUCUCAGCGAAAUAAACUACUGUGGCGCAAUGG